CACAUCAUCAACAUGGCCGAUACUGAACGUCUGCGUGUAUGUAGAUCCGAUGAAGAGAAACGUUCUCGUACUCUUCCAAGCGAUGACGAAAAACUAGUAAUUGAAUUUCGAAGUGCUAUGGAAGCGACUAAACUAAGGAUGGGCGAAUUAAGGGAUGCAUUACACGAUCAGCAAAAGAAUAUCGGUGAUAGCAGAGAUCAUAGUUUUGGUGAUAAAAGACGGGAUAAUACUUUGGAUAACCUAACCAAUAUUCAACAAUAUAAAGAUUACAUUCGAAAUAAGUCGUACAGUGAUGACAAGAAAAUCGAAAGUCCUGCCGGUCGGAAUUUAUCAAACGAAGCCAAAACUCAUAGAGGCUCCGAGAACGGUCGCAUCAAAGACUCCCUUCUUGAGGAGGAUAAACGCUUAGAGCCGCUAUUGGAAAGGGCUAACGUCGAGAAGGAACAACGCCGCCAAAUAAGUAUUUUAACUUACGAAUUAAAUAUUGGAAGAGAUCUAAAUGAGCAGCUACAAAAAAGGCUAGCCGAUUGCGAGAAGGAGCUAAUUAGUUUACGAGUCGAUGGCGAAACGAAAGAGAAGCAAAUUCGAGCGGAAGCAGCAAGGCAACUGACAGAUCUUGUUCAAGAAGUCCACGAAGCCCAAAAGCAAAGAGAUGAGGCAGUUGAACAGAGAAUUAAAACUGCUAAACUAGUCGAAACAUCCGAACCGGAAAAAGCUGCCAGAACCAAAAGGAUUAUACAUUUGAAUGAUGUUGAGGAUAUGGAUAUAAACGAAAUACUUACAAAGUUUUCCGAGAUAAGCGACAUUGGAGAAAAUGGUAAUGCUUUAUCGGAUGUGAUUGCGCGGACAGCUAGGCGGCGGCGAUCUCAGAAUGCUCAGCAAUUAAAAUUGGCUUUAAAGGAACGAGAUGAAGCUUUACGAAAGUGUCGAAAACUCGAAGCGGACCUGAGACUGAGAGGCGAUUCGAACAUUCAACAUCUUAAGAGUCGAUUGGCGGCAUCGGAACAGGUUCGGGACGAAUUGGAAGAAAAGCUACAAGAAAUAAAAGUUCAACUCAGGUAUAUAUAGAAAUCUUUCAAUAAAUAUAUGCGCCGAAGCGGCGUGAUGGCGCAUGAAAGUAGAACGCACUGAAUAUAUUCCACUCAGCGUUCUUAUUUCAAUGUUUGCUUAUAGGAGUGACAGCAGUUUCGAAUGUCGUUUUCCAUUUUCAGCUUACACAAGUCGCUCGUUGAACAAGCCAACUACGAAGGGGAAUUGAAUAAACUAAGGGUGGAGAACGCAAGGUUUUCAUAAUAUUAUUUAGAUAAUUCGCGUUUUUAUAUAAAGUCGAAUAUUAUUCGAGUACAUAUUGAAGUUGUAGAGCGCAAACAUUCGCUCACAGUACGCGCCACCCACAUCGCCUAAGGCUCGCACAGGAAAUGAAGACGCUUGACAAACACGAUUAUACUAUUGCAGAUUACGCCGCCUAGUGGGAGUUCUACGUCGAAAAUUGCAUCAAGUCAGAUGACCUUAUAUUGUUUGUGAAGAAGGUAGCUUUCCCUCUCACAACCAAUAUGGUAUUUAAACUAGAAAAAGCGAUUAUACUUUCUGUUUUUCUCUUUUCCAUUACGAAUAAAUAAUUAGAAAAUAACUAAGAAGGAAAGUGAAUGCAUAUCUAAAUUCAUCUAUAUAAUUCAUUCUCAAUCUCGUUCGAAUAAUUAAUUGGAAACGAGCGCGUAUAUUUUGAAAGCAAACAAUCGAGGCGGGCGAAAUUAAAAAGUAGGUCGCGCAAUAAAAACGAUGCAGGAACACGGAGGGCGGACGGAAUGUGAAAGCCGCGAAUAAACAGUUCGAAAAGCCAAACGCAUACACGUUAUAUAUGGCGUUCUAUCUAUACAUUCUAUAGUAAAAAGGACGUCAACAAAUAAAAAUAUUGCGAGAGAAUAAAGUCGAAAUGUAAAUUUGAAGAAGAUGGAAUUAAUGGCGUUAUUUCUGCACGCUACAUUUCACAGAACAAAUUUGUCGAUCGCGUUAAGGAGGCUUGUACACUAAUAUUUAGAUGACUUGUAGCUGAAAUCUUCGUCAAACUUGCUCAACGUGUCUGAUGCAAACAUCUGCUUGUUUGUUCUGCUUCUUUGUGUUGGCAAACUUGACCUACUUAGUAGCCGUAUGCGCAUAUAUGUAUAUUUAAA